AAGGUGGAUCUCAUGCUUGUUCUAUAUAUGUGAAACUUAAGUUAGUUAAGAAAAAGUAGCAUCUUUAGGCCGUGUGAAGAGCAGGGCAAGAAAAUGAAUUCGAAAUAUAAACUAAUUUUAGAGAUCAUUGUAGGCAUUUUGCUUCUUGCUGGACAAUUUUUCUGCUUGGUUGAAGGCGAUUUGCAUUACUAUGACUUCGUUCUUAAGGAGAAGAACUUCACGAGGCUCUGCAGCACAAAGAGCAUGCUGGUUGUAAAUGGCAGUUUUCCAGGGCCUGUAAUCCAUGUUCACAAAGGAGAUACGGUCUUUGUAAACGUCCACAACAAAGGAUAUUAUGGUGUCACCAUUCACUGGCAUGGAGUAAAACAACCGAGAAAUCCAUGGGCGGAUGGUCCAGAAUAUAUCACACAAUGUCCAAUAGAACCAGGUUCAAAUUUCACAUAUGAGGUCAUUUUUACUACGGAGGAAGGAACUCUUUGGUGGCAUGCCCAUAGUGACUGGACGAGAUCUAGCGUCCAUGGCGCCAUUGUUAUCUACUCGCCUGAUGAAACAACUUAUCCAUAUCCCAAGCCCGAUGAUGAAGAAAUUCUUGUACUCGGAUCGUGGUAUCUUGGAGAUGUUAACAAGUUAGUAGACGAGGAUCUCCAAACUGGUGCAGAUACACCGCGUUCAAAUUCUUAUGUGAUCAAUGGCCAACCAGGAGAUUUGUUGGAAUGUUCUAAAGACUCGACAUAUCGUUGGGUGGUUGAUUAUGGCAAGACAUAUCUAGUCCGGAUAGUCAAUGCAGCCAUGAAUGCAGAACUCUUCUUUGCAAUUGCAAAUCAUAAUCUCACAGUGGUAGGAAUGGAUGGAAAUUACGUGAAGCCCAUAAACACAGAUUAUGUAGUGAUAAGCCCUGGACAAACCAUGAAUGUCCUGCUCACGGCGAACCAGUCUCUCGGCCAUUACUACAUUGCCGCCAGACAGUAUGAUAGUGCCCGGCCGGAUGUCACAGAUUACGAUCAAACCAAUGCGACAGCAAUUCUUAUGUACAGUGGCAAUUAUACUGCUCCCAACCAUCCUGUCUUCCCUGCCAGCCUGCCUACCUACGAGGACUUCAUUGCUGCUGACAUGUUUUUGGACCGCCUUAGGAGCUUAGCAAGCGAAGAUUACCCUGUAGAUGUCCCACUAAAUGUAACAACCAAAAUGUAUAUCACAGUUGAAAUGAACCAGAUUCUCUGUCCAAAUGAAACCUGUGAGGGGAUCAAUGGCAACAGGCUUUCUUCAAGCUUAAAUAACAUCAGUUUUGUGAACCCCAGCACUGAUAUACUGAUGGCCUAUUACAGGAACUUGAGUGCUGGAGUAUACACCGAUGAUUUUCCAAACUGGCCACCAUCUAUGUUUAACUUUACUCAGGAAGAUUUGCCGUUUAACACUACAGUACCAAUUCAAGGGACCAAAGUUAAGAUGUUGAACUACGAUGAAGAGGUGGAAAUAACAUUUCAAGGGACAGAAGUACUAAAUGCAUCAGAGAAUCAUCCAAUGCACGUGCAUGGUCAUAGCUUUUACGUGGUUGGAUCAGGUUAUGGCAAUUUCAAUAAUGAGACUGAUCCCAAAUCCUAUAACUUGGUUGAUCCACUUGAAGUGAGUACCAUAGGAGUCCCCAAAAACGGAUGGGCUACCAUCAGAUUCAAAGCAAAUAAUCCUGGAGUAUGGUUUUGGCACUGCCAUUUAGAUCGACAUCUUAGCUGGGGGAUGAACACUGUAAUGAUAGUGAAGAAUGGUGGCACUCCUGAGACAAGUAUUCGCCCACCCCCUCCUUAUAUGCCUGCUUGUAAUGUACCCUACCUCCCUUGGAUCGAAGAUUUCGAUGAUUCUAGUCGCGAAGAUGUGUAUUAUGGCAGUCCCUUGAAAUCUCAAAAUAUCCAAGUGGUUGAUGAUGAUACAAUUGAGGAGCCAAAGUCGGAAAUGGAGUUUAAUUCCCUUGAAGAGCUAUUAUGUUAUUAUAAGGAAUAUGGUAAAAAAUGCGGGUUUGGAGUGAUGACAAAACGGACUAAUAGGGAAGAAGAUGACUUUGUUAGAUACAUCACUCUUUGUUGUACCCGUGGUGGGAAGGCCCGGAAUAGGACGUUGAAUGUUGCCAAGUCACAUCCGACAGGAAAGACAGAAUGUAAAGCAAGGUUUAAUGCCUUAAGGCAAGAUGGAGUGCUGAGGUUGACGACAUUACAUAAUAUCCAUAACCAUGGCCUCAGUCCAAAGAAAUCCUGCUUUUGUCAAUGUAAUAGAGAAGUUAGUGAUGCCGUAAAAAGGGUCCUAGAUACCAAUGAUUUGGUUGGCAUCCGAGUGAGUAAGAGUUACGAAUCUCUCAUUGUUGGAGCUGGUGGAUUCGAGAAUCUCCUAUUUCUCGAGAAGGAUUGUCGCAAUUAUAUUGACAAGACAAGACAUCUACGACUUGGCGUAGGUGGUGAUAGAGCGCUUCGACAGCAUUUUUUACGGAUGCAAUACAAAAAUCUUGGAUUUUUUUAUAUGAUGAACAUAGAUGAUGAUGGGAGGACAAACUUAAAGGAGUUUGUAGACCAAUUUGAUAACGCGUUGAAAAAAAAGAUUGAGAAUGAAAAUCUCGCAGACUUCCAGUUAUUUAAUGUCACAAUCCCCAACAUAUUUCGAUCUCUGAUUGAAAAGAGAUUUCAAGAGUUGUACACAAUUGCUAAGUUCAAGGAAGUUCAGCAGCAAGUCAACGGUAUCAUUGACUUGAAUCCAAAGUUACAUAAAAGUGAUGGUGCAGUAAAGACAUAUAUGGUUGAGGACGAAAUAGCUUUGGAGGAGUUCACUAAGUUGGUUCGGCAUUUUGUGGACUUUAGUGAGGAUGUUUGGCUUUGGAUGAAAUUAUCGAAGUUAAGAAAAAGUAGCAUCUUUAGGCCGUGUGAAGAUCAGGGCAUGAAAAUGAAUUCGAAAUAUACACUACUUUUAGAGAUCAUUGUGGGAAUUAUGCUUCUUGCUGGACAGUUUUUCUGCAUGGUUGAAGGCGAUGUGCAUUACUAUGACUUCGUUCUUAAGGAGAAGAACUUCACGAGGCUCUGCAGCACAAAGAGCAUGCUGGUUGUUAAUGGCAGUUUUCCAGGCCCAGUAAUCCGUGUUCACAAAGGGGAUACGGUCUUCGUUAACGUCCACAACCAAGGAUAUUAUGGUGUCACUAUUCACUGGCAUGGUGUUAAGCAGCCAAGAAAUCCAUGGUCAGAUGGUCCAGAAUACAUAACACAAUGUCCGAUUCAAUCCGGAACAAACUUCACAUAUGAAGUUAUAUUUUCUGAGGAGGAGGGAACCCUUUGGUGGCAUGCUCAUAGUGAUUGGACACGAGCAACUGUUCAUGGUGCCAUAGUUGUCCUGCCGGCUAUUGGUUCCGCCUAUCCAUUUCCCAAGCCGGAUGGAGAAGAAGUUGUUGUGCUCGCGGCCUGGUAUAAAGGAAAUUUGAAGGAAUUGGUAGAUGAGGCCAUGGAAGACGGUACCGACUUGCCACAUUCUGAUGCAUAUACCAUAAACGGCGAACCAGGAGAUUUUUGCGAUUGCUCCAACGGAACGGCGUACCGUUGGAUGGUUGAUUAUGGCAAAACCUAUCUUCUUCGAGUUGUUAAUGGUAUCAUGAAUGCAGAAAACUUCUUUGCAAUUGCUCAACACAAUUUCACAGUUGUUGGGAUGGAUGGUCAUUACAUCAAACCCAUUGCAACGAGUUAUAUCAUGAUAAGCCCAGGACAAACAAUGGACAUUUUACUCACAGCAAACCAGUCUCUUGGCUCUUAUUACAUGGCUACUAGACAAUUCUCGAGCGAGGAUGCCACCGUCACUGGAUUUGACCAUGCCAAUGUGACAGCAAUUCUCGAAUACAGAGGAAAUUAUACUUCCCCAUCGCCUCCCUUCUUUCCGAUUACACUUCCUAUGUACUUGGACUUCUACGCAGCCUUGAAAUUCACCAAAAGUAUAAGAAGCUUGGCAAGCCAAGACUAUCCGAUAAACGUCCCCAUGAACGUAACCACAAGAAUGUACGUAACAGCUUCCAUGAAUACGAUGAUUUGCACAAGCUGCUCUGGAGCGGACGAUGAUCAAAUCAUAGCUUCAAGCUUGAAUAACAUAAGUUGGGCCAACCCACAUAUUGAUGUUCUACAAGCCUACUACAGGAAUAUUAGUGGGGUGUAUACCACGGACUUCCCGGACUUCCCGCUUUCAUUCUACAACUUUACAGGCGAUGAAUUUGAAGAUAACCUUGACAAAACUGUGCAAGGGACCAAGGUGAAGGUGCUGAAAUAUAACGAAUCAGUGGAGAUAGUUUUUCAAGGGACCAACCUGAUUAAAGGCUCGGUGAAUCAUCCGAUGCAUCUGCACGGAUAUAGCUUCUACGUGGUUGGAACAGGAGGUGGUAAUUUCAACAAUGAAACCGACCCAAAAGAGUUUAAUUUGGUUGAUCCUCCCGAGGUGACAACCUUUGGGGUCCCUAAGCUUGGAUGGGUUGCCAUCAGAUUCGUGGCAAAAAAUCCAGGUGUGUGGUUUUGGCACUGUCACUUGGAUCGACAUCUGAGUUGGGGUAUGAACACAGUAUUCAUAGUGAAAAAUGGGGGCACAGCUGAGACAAGCAUCCGCCAGCCCCCAGCCUACAUGCCGCCUUGUAAAGUUCCAUUAAAAUCUUCGCUGGAAAAUGAUCAUCGGGAUGUGUUGGACACGACAAAUUAAGAAAAUUAGGAUCAGUUACGCUAGCUAGAUAGCUUGAUCAUGAU